CAGGGAAAAGCGGCUGUGUUCAGUGGCCGGAACUACAGGCAACUUUGGCGACAGAGGAAAAUGGCUGAGUACUUGCGGCUGCCUCACUCCCUGGCUCUGAUCCGCCUCCGAAACCCGCCGGUCAACGCGAUCAGUUUGACUGUACUCAAUGGAAUAAAAGAGGGACUAAAGAAGGCCAUAUCCGACCAUACAGUAAAAGCCAUAGUGAUAUCUGGAGAAAAUGGAAUAUUCUGUGCAGGUGCAGAUAUCCACAGUUUCAGUGCUCCUAGAUCCUCUGGCGUUCGAUUGGGAAGUAUAGUAGAUGAAAUACAGAGAUACCAGAAGCCCGUGGUAGCCGCUAUCCAAGGCGUGGCCUUAGGAGGGGGACUGGAGCUGGCCUUGGGGUGUCACUAUAGGAUUGCUCAUGCAGAGGCUCAUGUUGGCUUCCCAGAAGUCACACUAGGAAUUCUUCCUGGUGCAAGAGGAACCCAGCUUCUCCCCAGACUCAUUGGAAUUCCUGCUGCACUUGACUUAAUUACAUCAGGAAGACACAUUUUGGCCCGUGAUGCACUCAAACUGGGCAUUCUGGAUGAAGUUGUGAACUCAGACCCAGUAGAAGCAGCAGUCAAAUUUGCCCAGAGAAUUUUAGAUCAACCUUUAGAAUCCCGCAGAAUCUUGAACAAGCCAGUGCCAAGCUUGCCCAACAUGGACACCAUUUUCAGGGAAGCCUUUGCAAAGAUGCAGAAGCAGUACCCUGGGUGCCUGGCUCCGGAGACUUGUGUCCGUGCAGUCCAGGCCUCUGUGAAGUAUCCCUAUGAAGUGGGCAUCAAGGAGGAAGCGGAGCUGUUUAUGUACCUUCAGGGAUCAGGGCAGGCUAGAGCCCUGCAAUAUGCUUUCUUUGCUGAAAAGAAUGCAAGUAAAUGGUCCACUCCCUCUGGGGCCUCAUGGAAAACAGCAUCAGCACGACCCAUCUCCUCCGUUGGUGUCCUUGGCUUGGGAACAAUGGGCCGAGGCAUUGCCAUUUCUUUUGCAAGGGCCAAGAUUCCUGUGGUUGCUGUAGAAGUAGACCAAAAGCAGCUUGAAGCUGCAAAGAAGAUAAUAACUUCCACCUUGGAAAAGGAAGCAUCCAAAAUGCAGCAGAAUGGCCAGCCUUGGUCAGGACCAAAAAUCAGGUUCAGUUCAUCUAUGAAGGAGUUUUCUAGUGUAGACUUAGUUGUUGAAGCAGUAUUUGAGAAUAUGAAGCUGAAGAAACGAGUCUUUGCUGAACUGUCAGCUGUGUGCAAGCCAGAAGCAUUUUUGUGCACCAAUACUUCAUCCCUGGACGUGGAUGAGAUGGCUUCUGCCACCAAUCGACCACACUUGGUCAUUGGCACACACUUCUUCUCACCAGCUCAUGUAAUGAAGUUGUUAGAAGUUAUUCCUAGCCAACACUCUUCUCCCACUACCAUUGCCACUGUUAUGAACUUAGCCAAAAAGAUUAAGAAGAUUGGCGUAGUCGUAGGCAACUGCCAUGGCUUUGUUGGUAAUCGAAUGCUAGUCCCUUAUUAUAACCAGACAUAUUUCUUGUUAGAAGAAGGUAGCAAGCCAGAAGAGGUAGAUCAGGUGCUGGAGGAGUUUGGUUUUAAAAUGGGACCCUUUCGAGUGUCUGACCUUGCUGGGUUGGAUGUGGGUUGGAAAAUUCGCCAGGAACAAGGUCUUACUGGACCCACAUUGCCUCCUGGUACUCCUGUCCGAAAGCGGGGUACUAGAAGAUACUGCCCGAUUCCUGAUAUGCUCUGUGAAUCAGGACGCUAUGGGCAGAAGACAGGGCGAGGGUGGUAUCAGUAUGACAAGCCAUUGGGAAAGGUUCACAAACCUGAUCCCUGGCUUUCCAAAUUUCUGUCACAGUACAGAGAAACCCAUCAUAUUGAACCCCGUGUCAUUAGCAAGGAUGAGAUCCUUGAGCGCUGCUUGUAUGCACUCAUCAAUGAAGGGUUCCGUAUCUUGGGAGAAGGGAUGGCUGCUGGCCCAGAGCACAUUGAUGCCAUCUACUUGAAUGGGUAUGGCUGGCCAAGGCACAGGGGUGGGCCCAUGUUCUAUGCUUCCACAGUUGGGUUGCCCACAGUUCUGGAGAAGUUGCAGAAGUACUACAGGCAGAAUCCUGAUAUUCCCCAACUGGAGCCCAGCGACUACCUAAAAAAGCUGGCUUCCCAGGGAAACCCUCCUCUGAAAGAAUGGCAAAGCUUGGCAGCGCCCCCCAGCAGUAAAUUGUGAUUCAGGCUGUGCCUCCCAUGCUGGCAUCAGGUAAAACUCACUGGAUUUCAAUAAAGUUAAUUCCAAGAAUCCACAGUAUGAGUACUCUGAAAUGCAAAGCAAAGGACGUAAUUGGUUACUUAACCUUUUUUUUUUUUUUUUUUUGGUGUUUUUUCUUCUUGAUUCUAAUGAAGGAAAUCUUUAUGAAUGUGCUUUCUAUGCCUCUGAAUGUGUUCCUUUCAGAUAAAUUCCAUGAUAAUAUAUGCAGCUAAGUCAUAAACUUCUUUUGUCUUUUUAAUCUCACAUACAUAUUAUUAAUGGAAAAUCCUGUGGAUCAUAUAUGCUCUCAUGGUCACUCACCUCCUGAGCACAUAUCGGACCUGGCAUCCAAAGGGCAUUAAUCCAACAUGGAAUCCUGUGUUGAAGUUGGGUUUGUACCCUCAGAGGUGGGGUGGAGAUGGUUUGUAGGGUAGAGUCAGCCGUGAGGAUCUCUAUGGGAGGGGGCAUGAAACACUGCCCAAGGAUAAGCAGAUUAGUAGCCAGAAAGAGGCCCAACAUAGUUGGAAAUUGGUGAGGGCACCAAGUAUUUGAGACCCAAAUAGGGCACACCAGGGCAACUUGGCAAGUCAUGUUCCUGGGAUCACUUCUGUCCAAGGCCCGACUCCCGUGCACAGCUGUGCCUGCUGCUUGCAAGGGGCUCAGCAAUGUUUGUAGUUUAUUCCCUGGGACAUAGAACAUCUGCAACCUGGUCUUUCCUAUUCAAGGAGGAGUAACAGAAAGACUAAGUUGUUAGCUUAUGGAAGGAUCUUAGUGAUCAUCUAGCCUUUAAGGAUUUCUUAAUUCUUCAAUAGUAUAACUAUGCCAGUUUCCCUGUCAAAAUAAACUUUUGUGAAUUCACAUGUGGAUAUGGUUGAAUCUGAAAUACCUGAAUUGAUUGCAAAGCAAGUUUUGUAUAGUUUUGUUUCACUAUAAGUGCCCUUCUCUGUGUAACUUUUUGCCUUAUGUGGUUCAAAGUUCAGGGGCUAGUCAAUAUAAAAAUCCAUACAAAUUUUGAGAGCUGAAUUACUCAUAGUAUCCAAAACUGUAAACAGCCCAAAUGUCCAUUAACUGAUAACCAUGUGGUAUGUCCUUAGAGUAGACUCUUACUCAUCCAUGAAAAAAGAUGAAGUUCUGAUAUCUGGUACAGCAUUAUAAACUUCCAAUACAUUUUACUAAGUGAAAGAAGCUAAUCACAAAACACCUUACAUUGUAUAGACAUUUAAGAACAUGUCCAGGGUAGGCAAAUAGAAACAAAGUAGAUAAGAAUUUUCCUGAGUCUGGAACACUGGAAUGGGGAGUGACUACUAAUGGUUUUUAAGGAAAUGUUCUAAAAUGAUUGUGGUGUUAUACUAAAAAGCUGUUAAGUUUUGUAAUUUAAAAUAGUGACUUGCCUGGUAUGUAAAUUCUGUCUCAAUAAAAUUAUUACUCAACAGAUAAA